UCAGAGCGGCAUGUCAUGUCAACUGUUUGUUUCUGUCUCCGCUGAAAGUCCCUUUGUCCUAAGAGACGACAACAGUUCUCGGCAAGCGUCUGGGCCGAUGCCCACUGCCUGACGGAGAGAGGACGAAGACGCUGGACACUUCGGCUGGGCCAGACAGAGGGAGCGCAGCACAGGAGAGGGGGACAAAGAAGAGAGAGAAAAGAGGAGGAGGAGAGGGCAAUGGCGGCCCUCCUGAUGCGUAUCUUCCGUCUGGGCGCGGAGAAAAAACGCGUGAAGCAGUACGAGAACCUGCAGAGGGAUGUGGACCCUGCGGAGGCCUGGGAGACCCUCGGAGAACUGGGGGACGGAGCCUUCGGGAAGGUCUACAAGACACGCAACCGGGAAACCAACGCCUUCGCCGCUGCCAAAGUCAUCGAGGUGCGGGGCGAAGAACAGCUGGAGGAUUACAUCACAGAGAUCGACAUCCUGGCAGAGUGUCACCACGGCAACAUCAUCUCACUGCUGGACGCCAUUUUCUUUGAAGGCUGGCUCUGGAUCCUUAUUGAGUUCUGCCCUGGGGGAGCAUUAGAUGACAUCAUGCUUGAGCUGGAGCGGGGUCUGAAUGAGCAGCAGAUCAGUGAGGUGUGUUGCCAGUCUCUGCAGGCGCUCUCCUACCUGCAUCAGCACCACAUCAUCCACAGAGACCUCAAGGCUGGCAACAUUCUUCUGACCAUGGAAGGAGUCGUCAAACUGGCUGAUUUCGGAGUGUCUGCUAAAAAUGACUAUUCCCUCCAAAAGCGAGCGACGUUCAUCGGCACACCAUACUGGAUGGCCCCUGAAGUGAUCUACUGUGAGACGUCGAAGGACAACCCGUACACCAGCAAGUCAGACAUCUGGUCCAUGGGCAUCACACUGAUCGAGGCUGCGGAGAUGGAGCCCCCCCACCACUCGCUCAACCCCAUGAGGGUGCUGCUUAAGAUCACCAAGUCCCCUCCACCCACCCUCGCCAACCCACGCCUCUGGUCGUCACACUUCCAGGACUUCCUGCGUCGUGCGCUGCAUAAGACUCCGGAGUCGCGCUGGGGUGCCCAGCAGCUGCAGACACACCCCUUCUCCUGCGCCGGACGUGACGGGCGCAGCCUUCGGGACCUCAUUGCCGAGGCCAAGGCCGAGGUUACAGAGGAAUUCGAGGCUGAGUCUCUGCUGGACAUCCACAGCGCUGUAGAGGGCAGCACUGAGCAGGAGAAAAGACCAUCUGUGUGUGGAGAGAAGAUUGAGGACUUGGUGACCCAGGAGACACCUGAGGCCACUUCACCCAGUAUUGCCCCUGAACCUCCAGCACCAGAACCCCCCACUCCAGAACCUCCCACUCCAGAACCUUCUACUCCGGAAUCCCCAGCCCCGGAAUCCCCCCCUGUGGAACCAGCAACACAGAAUGUUCAGAACGUUGGCACGGCAACAUCCAGGAAGAGUUCGUCAGCAGGGGACAAGGCCCAGAAGAGGGCCAGGCGCCGGUCAGUACCAGGCACACUGCUGUCCUUCCUGUCCCGACGCAAAUCCGGCUUCUGGAGCGAGAACCCUCUGUCCUCUGGGGCGAAGCAGCAUGACGCCCCCAAAGCCAGCCAAGAGGAGGGCUCCGACAUCGCUCCCGCUGCAGCACAGGCCGAACCUGCCCAGGACACCGUGGAUGGCACCUCAGAGGACCAUGAUGUGCCUGCAGUCUCUGGGGCCAUAGUAGAGAAGUCGGACACCACCGUGGAGAUGGAUGGAGCAGUGGGACAGACGCUUGGACAUGCGGAAGCAGAAGUGUGUCAGCCACAUCCAUUGGAUACACACACACCUUUGUCAGAUACACACCCACCUCCUGCACCAGACACACACACACAUCCUCCAUCAGAAAAACACCCACCUCCUCCAUCAGAAACACACACAUCUCCUGCAUCCAACACACCCACACCUCCUUCAUCAGAGAUACACUCAUCAGUUCCUGCAUCCCAGACAGAUCCACCCCCUGCAUCAGACACCCAGAGUGGUGCUGAAACACUAGUCAUUGUGGGCCCAGACGCGCCCCUUCCUGUUACGCCACAAACCUCAGACAGUGGUGGCAACACCACUCCCACACAGGACGUGAUGCAAGCCCAGCUAUCUGCGCAGAGCUCCGCUCCAUUGACACUGACCUCCCAGCCAAUCAGCAUCUGCGACUCAUCAGUUGCCCAGAUGAUGGAGUGUGACGACAAAGGUAGUCCUCUGCUUCCUGCCCUCACACUGGAAAAGCCCCAGACUGCCCCAACGCAGGAGCACACGGGGCCAGUUGCUGGGGACUACCUGGACCUGGCCUCCAGCCCGAGGCCUGCCAGCGAGCAGGACGCCAGAGGCGUGAGCAAGCAUCCGCCGCUAGCGGACCUUACGGCUGACGCCAGUGAAGACCAGUAUAAGCUAGGAAAGGAGGGAGGGCAGAGAAGUGGACACCCGUCAGAGGAAGGGGACGAGGUGGAGGAGGCGGGUGAGAAGCCAGAAACUGCCCCUGAGACCCAGGUCACCAGCACUGAACCCAAGGUCACCCAAGCGGAGCCCAAGGAGUGCUCACUACUGCCAGAGGACAUGAAAGACACUGGAAUAUCUGCAGAGGCAGACAAUGAAAUGUCCACUGAGCAGGUUCCCUCAGACGGAACAUCUGCAGAGGCAGACACUGAAAUAUCCACUGAGCAGGUUCCCUCAGACGGAACAUCUGCAGAGGCAGACACUGAAAUAUCUACUGAGCAGGUUCCCUCAGACGGAACAUCUGCAGAGGCAGACACUGAAAUAUCUACUGAGCAGGUUCCCUCAGACGGAACAUCUGCAGAGGCAGACACUGAAAUGUCCAGUGAGCAGGUUCUCUCAGAUGGAGAGGCUGUUGAGAAAAAAGGACGGGAGUGUCCAGAGGAGAGUCUAGAGGCGGUGCAGGAAGCGCAGGUCAUGGUGUCAGGUAGUGAGGCCAUUGAGAGUUCAGAGCUCCGUCCAGGUGAGAGCUCACAGGUGGAGGAAGGAGCACAGGUGACAGACAGCACUGAUGAAGCCAGCCAGGUGGUCGAGAGAGACCUGAGUGACAGGGAGAGUCAACCUGAGGAUACAGGUACUGGAGAGGGACAGGAGGAGAGUGGGGGGUCGUCUGAACUCCAUAACAGACAGGAAGAAGAAGUUAUUGACAAGGCGCUGGAGGACAGUGAAGCUGAAGGCCCGGGGAGGGAGAGCGAGAGAGAGGAACAAGAGAGGACGCAAGCGGACGCAGACACCACGAGGGAGCAGAGAGACACUCCCUCUGAGAAGACCGCAGAGAUACCACCGCUGAAAUCCACCAAGAAGGUGAGCUUCGAGGUGUCGACGGAACCCCCGAGAGGUCAGGAGGGGGGCACUGAGCGCUCAGACAAGUCGCUGCUCAAUGGAGACGCCCCCGAACCCCCCCUCUCACCCGCAAAUGGUAGCUCCCACCACACGGACCCCAAGCGGCCCCCUAACAUCAACACUGAUGUCCAGAGCCACAUCCUGGACCGAGAGAAGAGCCCCAUGUCGCCAGGACCUGAUGGGGAGUUGGUCCCCAACCGGCGCACUGUGAAGAAGACCCGGAAGUUCAUGGUGGACGGGCGCGAGGUCAGCGUCACGACCUCUAAGGUCAUCAAUGGAGAGGACAAGAAGGAGGAGCAGAUGCGCUCAGUCAGGCGUCAGGAGCUGCACGCCCUGAAGCAGCUCCAGAGAGAGGAGCAGAGGGAGUACACACAGCUGGAACAGAGACUACAACAGCAGAGGGAACAGAUGUUCCGUCACAUCGAGCAGGAGAUGACCAGUAAGAAGUCUUACUAUGAUGGUGAGUUGGAGCGUGUGGAGAGGCAGUACCAGCAGCAGAGUGGGCGUAUGGAGUUGGAACACACGGCCCGUCUGACGGAGGAGGCGCGGAGACUCAAAGCCCAGCAGGAGAAGGAGCUCAGCCGCCGUGGGGCCAGCAAGAGUGACCCCAAAGAGGAGCAGCGUUUCCUGCAGAAGCAGCAGCAGGAGUUGAAUGAGGCGCUGCAGAAAGCUGUGCAGGAACACAAGAGGAAGCUCACCUCCUUUGAGUGGGAGAUCACAGACAAAAUCAGACAGCUGAAACGAGCUCGAGAGUCUGUGAUCUGGGAGCUGGAACAACGCCACCUGCAGGAGAAGUACCACCUGUUCAAGCAGCAGGUGAAAGAGCAGUACUCGCUCCAGCGGCAGCAGGUCAUCAAGAGGCACAAUAAGGAUAAGGAACGUGCGUCCCGGUUCCACCAGUCUCUGAUGGAUGAGCAGAAAGCCCAACAGAACCAGGAGAGGUCCCAGUUCCAGAGGACCCAGCGGGCCGAGGCCAAGACUCGACUCAGCACCUUCAAGGUGGAGCUGAGGAAGCAGGGGCUGAAUGGGGCCGAGCACAGGCAGCGCCUCACACAGUACCUGGCGGACGAGGAGAGCAGGCAGCGGCAGGAGAGGCAGGCCCUGGUGCAGACUCAGGAGGUGCAGCUGAAGGAGGUGCAAGACCAGUGUGAUGCCAACAUCGCAGAGCUGCAGCAGCUACAGAAUGAGAAGCUGCAGCUGUUGCUGGACAUGGAGAAGAGAAAGAUUAAGGGUCUGGAGGAUGAACACACUCUGGAGCUGGAUGAGUGGAGGAAGAAGCUGGCCUGCAGGAAAGAGGCUUUAGAGGAGGACCUGGCUCGCCGGCGCAGGGAGAAGGAGGGAGGUCGUGGCACUGGCACGAGACGAGGGAGUGAACCCGAGAACAGACCUGCAGCACGCCGACCAAAGUUCUUCCCCAGUCUCAGUUUUUCUUAAUCCAAGACUAUACUUCAGUCUACCUACAGAACUCUCUGACACACAUGCACACACAUACUGAGCCAGACACACACUCAUAGGCACACUCUGAAAACAAAGAAUGAAAAUGCAGAAAUAUUAUGAAUAUGUAAAUAAAUAUUUUGUUUUAUGAAUCUAUUAAACAUUGGGCUUUUGCUUGGAAGUAAAUU